AUGUUUAGAGGCCACGAGACUGACACCUCCUCGUCUUCGUCAUCCAAUGCUGAAGUGCGCAGACCUCCCCUAACCCAUGUUCCGAGUGUCCAAUCGGAUUAUUCACAAAAAUUGACAGGUUUCGAGGAUGCUCGUCUACGUGAAACAGUCAAUGCGCAAAAACUUUUGGAUCUACCAGUAAAUAACAAACAGAGCCUCAUAGCUAAAGGCAUCCUAACUAAAAUAUGCCGUCGUCGACCGAAACAACGCACGUUUUUUCUUUUUAAUGACGCUCUUGUCUAUGCAAACAUUUCUUAUGGAAAACUUCUGGCUCAUCCACAUGCAUUGCGGCUGGAGGAAGUUACAGUGUCUGAUGUCGAUGAUAGUGGAAUUUAUAGACAUGGGUUCAUAAUCGAAUCACCAAAAAAGUCUUUUACUGUCUACGCCUCUAUUGCCGAGGAGAAACGUAGAUGGGUGCUGGUCAUUACCCAGAGUGCUGAAGCUGCUCGACAGGCUGCUGGUUUUGAUACUCAACGAAAACUAUCACUCCUACAAAAAUCGCCUGUGUGGAUUCCCAACUCAGUGGCAACGCACUGCAUGGUCUGUCUAACCACCGAAUUCACCAUGGUUCAGCGUCGCAAAAGUCUUUUCAAGACGGAAAAUCCCUCGAGGAAGCGUUGGCUCUACCAUCGUAAACAUGCUGAAGGAAUAGAAUUGUUCGAAUAUAGCAGAUAUGUUGAUGAAAAAGUUGUCAAUAAUAUGACUGUAGAUGAGGAGCAUCACUGUCGCAAUUGCGGGAAGGUGGUGUGCGGUAAGUGCUCGCAAUAUCGAUGGGUGUUGCCGGCACAGGGACCAAGUAAACUGCGUAUCUGCCGCGCCUGUCAUGAACUUCUUCGCGCCCAGCAGGAGGGCAAGAAGGCUGCUGAUAUCUCCACUCCCACCACCACUCCUGAUGUGCAACCGCGGCAUGUCCCUGUUUUUGCGCCUCCAAACUGGCAACAACAAAUCGAGGAGACAUUAAACGAGAAGGGAGAGGAUUUGGACAACGAUGAGAGCAGCGAGUUUGACGGUCAUGUACUCGACGGCCAUUUUCCGAGGCGAGUCAUUCUCUUUCACCCAUCUCCUAACUUAUAUCUCCGACUAUCGUGUUCAUCGGCCACAAUCAAUGUUGACGGUCUGCUGGUAUAUUUUCCCUACGAAUACAUAUACCCGGAGCAGUAUCACUACAUGCUUGAGUUGAAGGCAACUCUCGAUGCCAAAGGUCAUGGAGUGCUAGAAAUGCCUUCAGGAACUGGGAAAACGGUUUCAAUUCUGUCGCUCAUGGUUGCAUACAUGAAGGCCCACCCUGGGACUGUGGAGAAAUUUGUGUACUGUUCGCGUACCGUGCCUGAGCUUGAAAAAGUCAUGGAGGAAAUGCAAGUUCUUGAUAAGUACUACGCCAAAGAAACCGGAGCCUCAGGUUGUGGACUCCUAGCAGUCGCACUCAGUGCUCGCAAGAACCUCUGCAUUGAACCCUCAGUAAGACGGUCAGGUGACGGUGCCACCGUUGAUGCUGCAUGUCGCAAACUCACUGCUAGUUUCGUACGCCGUCGACGUCAAGAAGACUCGUCAGUUCCUGGUUGUUCAUUUUUUGAAGACUUUGAUUUAAAUGGCCGGGAAGAAGUCCUUCCUACUGGUGUUUAUAAUCUGCUACUUCAUGCAAACAUUGUCGUUUACAGCUAUUACUACAUGCUUGAUCCAAAAGUUGCAACUUAUGUUUCAAAUGAUUUUCCAAAAAACACAGUUGUAGUCUUUGACGAGGCUCAUAACAUAGAUAAUGUGUGCAUUGAGUCAAUGAGCUGUGUCAUUUCUCGACGGGCCCUGGAUCGCUGUAAUCAGGGUAUUGAGAAGUUGGCAUCUCGUGUGGCAGAAGUGAAGAGGAACGACGCAGCAAGGCUUCAGCAGGAAUACAACCGUCUAGUGCAGGGUCUUCGAGAAGCCAAUGCGGCACGGGAGACCGAUACAGUGUUGGCAAACCCAAGUAGGUUUCCUUCCGUUGCUCUAGCUUUCUUAGCUCUGCCGGAUGAAAUUAUCACCGGGGCAGUUCCCGGAUCUCUUCGAAGCGCCGACAGUUUUAUCAGCUUUCUUCGCAGACUGUUGGAAUAUGUGAAAUUGCGUCUUCGUGUCGCGCAUGUGGUACACGAGACACCGGUUGCGUUCCUCAAGGACUGUCUCGAAAAGGUUUGCAUCGAUAGACGUCCACUCAGGUCCUGUGCUGAACGCUUGCAGUCUAUGCUCGACACGCUAGAGUUUGCUGAUCUUGGACCUUUCUCAGGAUUAAUGCUCCUUUGCAACUUUGGCACACUGGUCUCUACCUAUACUAAAGGUUUUUGCGUGAUCAUUGAGCCUUUUGAUGAACGUGCUCCCACGGUGGUUAAUCCUAUUCUCUACUUCCACUGUAUGGACGCCAGCUUCGCCAUACAUCCUAUCUUUGAGCGGUAUACUAGUGUCAUCCUCACUUCUGGGACUCUUUCACCGCUGGACAUGUAUCCGCGGAUAUUGAACUUCCAUCCAGUCAACUCUGCCUCCCUCACCAUGACUCUGGCUCGUAAUUGCAUCUGCCCAAUGAUAGUCUCCAGAGGUAGUGAUCAGGUUGCUAUGACGACUAAAUUUGAAAGUCGCGAGGAUUUAGCUGUGACUCGCAACUAUGGUCACUUAUUGGUGGAAAUGUCAAGCAUAGUUCCUGAUGGCAUUGUGGCAUUCUUUCCCAGUUACCACUAUCUUGAGUCAACAUUUGCAACAUGGUACGAACAGAAUUUAAUUCAGAAAAUCCAGCAGCACAAACUUCUCUUUGUUGAGACACCGGACAACGAGGAGACUAGCCUGGCUCUGGCUAACUACCAAAAGGCCUGCGAAAAUGGUCGAGGUGCAAUACUCCUCUCAGUGGCGCGUGGAAAGGUCUCCGAGGGAAUUGAUUUUGGUGAGAACCUCUUCCUCCUUUUACACUCUCCCUACAAGCACAUCUUACUACCUCUAUUUGUUUCAGAUCACCACCUGGGCCGGUGCGUCAUCAUGUUUGGUGUCCCCUAUGUCUACACUCAGAGCCGCAUCUUCAAGGCCCGCUUGGACUAUCUGCGUGAGCAGUACAACAUCCGUCCCAACGAAUUCAUCACCUUCGAUGCGAUGCGUCAUGCUGCUCAGUGUCUGGGACGUGCUAUUCGAGGCAAAUCUGACUAUGGCAUCAUGAUUCUCGCAGACAAGCGCUACGCGCGAUCGGACAAGCGUUGCAAGCUGCCAAGUUGGAUUCAGGCGCAGUUGAGUGACGCCUACGUGAAUCUCUCGACGGAGGAGGCGGCUCAGGCGUGUCGGCGCUUCCUACGCCUCAUGGGCAGUCAUCCCUUCCGACAAAAGGACCAGUUGGGCCUCGCCCUCCUCACAUAUGAGCACGUGGAGGCUUUGGUCAAAGAGCGUGCCGAGGCAGCCGUUAUUCAGCACUACAGCAACGUCACAACUGCUAACAAUUCCACGGUGCCGGGGAGCCAUAUGCCGAAGCUGUCUACUGCUCUGCCUCCCACUCAACUGUAG